UAGCCAGUCACCACUCCAGGCCUUCCCGACACACAUCCUUCCCUCUUUUCAGAAAUCCCUCCCACCAUCACCCUCCCCGGGCAUACACACACACUCCCAAGGAAUUCUGUUCAACCAGCAAGGAUGUCUAAUCCUAAACCAAUUAAGAAUGCUAAUCCGCAGGAGGCCACAUAUGCAAACUGCUCUCUAAUCUGGGGAGAACAGCUGGAGUGGCCUAAGAACCCAUGGGAGAAAGUAGUUUCACAGGAAUAUUUGCAUUUACCACAUCCUGGAGGUUGGUGUUCUUUUCCUGGUGUUCCUCCCCGUUCUGUCUUAAAUUGGGUGACCAGCCCCAGCACAGCGGCAGUCCAAUGAAAUGGGCUGAGGACAAAAGAGGGCUGCUAUUUUCUCAUCUACCUUCCAUCUGGUGGAUCUGGGCCUAAUCCCUGGCAUAAGGAUGGUGGGUGCAAAGCCCGUCGCAGGUCCCAGCACCUCCCUCCGCCUGGCACAGCAAUGCAGUGGAGUCAGCAGUGUCAUAGUGAAUCCUCCUUUCUAUCAGGUGUCCUGCUGUGGGUCUGUUCCCUGUACCUGCUGCUGCCAUUUUAGGUGGCCUCAUCUCACAGAGUCCACUUGUAGCCGCCUGUUCUACAUAAUCCUCCAUGUAGGGGCCUCAGCAGUCUGCUGCCUCCUGCUGUCAAGAACAGUAGUGGAGAGGGUCUGGGGCAAGGUGCAUGGGAUCCAGAUGCCCUCAGGGUUGUGUGCCCAUCUGUUUGGCCACUCGCACUGCCCAGUGCUCAGUGGUGCUGGGGCUGUGUACCGAGUUUGUGCAGGAACUGCCACCUUCCACCUGCUGCAGGCUGUGCUGCUGGUCCACCUCCACUCCCCUACCAGCCUGCGUGCACAGCUGCAUAACAGCUUCUGGAUCCUGAAGCUGCUGUUCCUGCUAGGUCUCUGUGCUGUUGCUUUCUGCAUCCCUGAUGAGCAUCUAUUCCCAGCCUGGCAUUACAUUGGCAUCUGUGGAGGCUUCACAUUCAUCCUGCUGCAGUUGGUGCUUAUCACAGCCUUUGCCCAUUCCUGGAAUAAGAACUGGCAGACAGGUGCAUCCCAAGAUUGCUGCUGGUUCCUAGCCAUGCUGCUGGCCACCUUAGGAUUCUACAGCAUAGCAGGUGUGGCAGCAGUGUUCCUGUUCUACUACUACACGCACCCAGCUGGCUGCCUGCUCAACAAGAUGCUGCUUAGCCUGCACCUUUGUUUCUGUGGCCUCCUCUCCAUCCUCUCCAUCACUCCUUGCAUCCGCCUCAAGCAACCCCGCUCUGGCCUUCUACAAGCCUCUAUCAUCAGCUGUUAUAUCAUGUACCUGACCUUCUCUGCACUGUCCAGCCGACCUCCAGAGAGUGUAAUCCUCCAAGGACAGAAUCACACUCUGUGCCUGCCUGGCCUAAGUAAAGCGGCACCCCAAACACCAGAUACUUCUCUGGCAGUGUUGAGCGCGGGAAUCAUGUAUGCUUGUGUGCUUUUCGCUUGCAAUGAGGCCUCCUACCUGGCUGAGGUAUUUGGGCCCUUGUGGAUCAUCAAGGUUUACAGCUAUGAGUUCCAGAAGCCCUCACUCUGUUUCUGUUGCCCUGAAGUAGUGGAGCCAGAGGAAGGGCAAAGGGGAGGAGCUGCCAGGCCAGCUGACCAAGAGACCUCUCCAACUCCUCCAGUUCAAGCCCAGCAUCUUUCCUACAGCUAUUCUGCCUUCCACUUCGUCUUCUUCCUUGCAUCACUCUAUGUCAUGGUUACCCUUACCAACUGGUUCAGGUAG